CUAGAAGAAGUGCGAAGAUAACGCAUGAGUAGAGAAGUAGGAAGGUGUACCCCCUUCUACUGGGCUGGCGAAUGAUAGUUAUCAGCGGAAUUUUUGUUUAUAUGCUGGUAACAUAAUUACCAUUUACUUUUCAGUUGCACUAUACAUCGCAACCUCACUUUGUAGUGAUAUGAUGGUUCCCCAUGCAUGUCCAUCUAGGGGUGCUCUCACACUGCUCGCCGAUAAUCUUUAGUCUGACCUGUGGUGCACGCCUGUCCGUGUUGCUGUGGUAAUGGCUAUCCCCGAAUGGUAAUCGCAGACCUAACUGCGCGCCUGAAUGAGAAAUCUUUGAGAGCCCUCCGUUUUUUCGUGGAAGCUGCUACAACUUUUCAAAGUGGCUGAUGACGAGAAAUCUAAUAGCAGAAACUGACCAUCGGCAGUUGCAAGGUAAUGUCAAGAGGCGUUUUGUAUUUGGUAAGAAUGCCCUCACUUAGUCUUGUCUAGGACUACGACAUCCUAUCGCAACAGUUAUCGUUGACCAGAGGCUUACUCCUCUUGAUAACUAACGUCAUGGUCUCGAAUAACCAUUACUACACCUACAACAUGAGCUCGGCGGUCGUGGCACUGCUGAAAUCAGCUGCCCUUCUCAUCGUGCGAACUCCAAUGACCGUGUUAUAUGUCGCGGGCGGUGUUGUGCGGGCGCUGGCGUCGAAAAUCUCUUGGGCGGUAGCCGAGCAGAGACGCCUGAGUGAUGGUAAAGCGGCUUCUAGCCUGGCGCACCACCACCUGGUCCUGUUGCGCUUCUAUACCACGACGAUCUGCCGCGUUGCGUGUCUAGCCUUCCUCUUCAAAGACGAAGGUGGAGGUGUUGAGACUGGGCUGGUACGUGCGUGCCUUUUCUAUGGCAACCUGCAACUAGCUGAGGUAGCAAGGUGCUUAGCAGCGCUCAUGUCGUCAUCCUUUCGGAUCCAGAGGCAGAUGAUUAAUGGAGCAGACAGAGCCCUGAGUACUCUGUCGAAUGGUGCGUGAUCGACUGGUUGUAACAGCAGGGAUAGUGAGUAAGAUGUUUUGUGAAGCCCGGGGGAUGGUCACGCUGUGCACCAUGAAUCUAUCUUCCUGAAGGCCUCACGACCAUGGCUGUCUCUAAUGCAUACCUUGACUGCAUACUAUGGCCUAGAAGUGGCUCUUUCUCUCUGAAUGUGUCUUCAUCUUCACUGACGUUGAAUUUCAUCCCCUUCUUGGUGCUAGCUUUGAUGGACUUUUCCUGCUGUUACUGAUAUGAAUGAAACAUCUUUUGUGCUCAGCACAACCUGCGGCAAUAAAAGCUGCCCUGAUCGACUCUGAUCAUGAGAUAGGACUGUAAGUGUCCUUAAAUACAGUGUCCGCUCCAUGAUGACGUCAGAGCUUGAGUGUGAGAGUUUGCCACGUUUUUUCUGCCUGUCAAACUAAGCUUCUGAUAAGAAGAAUAUAGUCUGUCAUCGGUGCUGUCGGUGUUCACCAGCCUUCCCCGUUUUUUCCGCUUGAUCGGUCCUUAAUACCUCAAGACAGCAGCUCGUGUAGCGUUACUAGCCCUCUUGUUAGGCCACAAUCAAUCAGUGAGUGUUUACAAGCGUGCAUCUAUUAUCACCGAAGCCCACAGCCACCUAAUCAGUUCCUUCAACGCUACCGUGCGGUACAUACCUGUGGCACUUCAUCAGUGAGUAAAUAUCGAAAUUCUCACAUGUAGCCUCGUUUUUUCUCUCCUCCCCUCAGGAUGACGGAUAAAAAACUCAAAAUUGGGACGAGUUCGAGCAGUUCUAGCUCGUCCUCGUCCACUGCCCUCUCGGGUCAGUACAAGAAAGGUAAGCCGGCGCCUACACCUAAGGUGAAAGCAGCCCCAAAGCCGAUGAAAGCCGUCAUGAAGGUCAUGAAGGCUGCUCCUCCAGCGACGAAGCCGACUCGUGCGAUGAAGGUCAACGCUAUGAAGGCUAAGAAUAUUGACAACGGUACGCGCGAUGCGACAGCUGACAACAACGGUUUGGAGGGUAUGGCGGAUGACGCGGAUAUGGGUUCUCGCUCAGGCGUGAAGAAUCAACGCUCUGAAGGUGAUGACGCAGACAAGCACUUGACCCUCAAUGCGGCCACCCAGCUCGAAGCUGCGGCUCGGCACUUGGAAACCAAGCGUGAUAGCUUGCUCCUCAGCUCGAGUGAGAGUGUAAGCUCCAACUCGGGUGCACGGCCCAUGGGAGAGUAUUUCCGUGAAGGUACCCCUUAUCAAUUAGGUGCCUGCUGCUUGUGAUCCUAUAAACCUCCAGAAGCCUGCUUUCAUAUCUGCUCGUGCAGAACCAUUUGUCUCCUAUCCUAUGUUCUAAGUGACUCAAACUCUGUACCGUCCGCCUAGUAUCCCUCACUCUCUCAUCAUAACUCCUAUCAUCCGCUGCGCAGGUAACUCGCCGAAGCCGCAGGUGAGUCCUGAAGAUCAUGAUGGUCAAGGAGUCGAGUCCGAGCAUGACGCUGAGAUGGUGCCCGCUGAUCAAGAGCACUGUGUUCCCGAUACUCAACAUGAUCAACGCCGCCUUCUCUCGACUGCUGCAGAAAAGGCUGCAGACAAGAUUGCUGAGGUGAUGCCACAAUCCAAGCCUGCCCCUAAGAGGUCAGCAGUGGCUCCAGUGCGUCCCCGUCAGGCAUCUCUCCAUGCGCACGCCUCCAGCUUGACAAACGCUGGCUCGCAAGGGUGUGUGCGCGAAUCUGGUGAUGAUGGAAAGCAUAUUGAUGCUCUGGGUAGCUUUCAGGAAUCUAUUAAUGCCAUCAGCACUACGUACUCGGGUACCUACGCUAGCUCAAGUUGUUCUCCUAAAGUAGAGACUUUAGCUGAUAGGAUACAGAAAAUUCAGACAGAAGCAAGAAGCAGUGCCUUUGCUGACCAAGAGUCUGACUCACUUCAACUUCCUUCGAUUAAGGAAGAAGAAGAGACUAUAAUUGAGUCUGGCGUGGUGCGCCUAGCUGCAACCUCAGACAUCCCGAGCUCCCUCAAGCGUGUGGAUGCUGAGGCUUGUGAGCUGAAACACCUACCUGCCACGGCUGGUAAUGAAAAGAGUGUUGGUAGCGAGACUGCUGCUCACGCUCCCCAAAACUCUCACAACGCGCGUUCCACUAAGGCACCGCACGGGAGUCUGGGAGCGGUCAGUCCAGCUCAACUACAACCUCAUCCGCUCACGCUAGUUGGUCUAUCGGCUCUACAUGACCCGCUGCCAUUCCUUGUCAGACUCUCGCAUGCCGAGACAGUCGACAAGCUAGCUAGAGCGUCGGCUCAAUUCAAGCUGGUUCUCGAAGAGCACCCAUGCUUAAUUGCGCUGGCGUGUGACGGGCGUUCAUUUGCACAAUGGUAUGACGUGCUUGUGCAAGUGAAUGAUGUCCUGACCGCUCAGGACCCUCAGCACUCGUGUGCAGAGAUCUUCCCAAGUCGGUCAGCUACAGGGAAACCCUCUCAGCUCCUGAAAAAACUGAUCAAGGAGCCGAGAGAGGUGGCACUGUCAAUUUGCUAUGGCGACCUGCUUGGUCCGGCGACGGUCAAAGCAAGGAUGCCGAAGCAAGGCGACCCGUGCCGCGUCCCCGUCUUCUUCCAGUCCUCAAGCCAUGUUGAGCAUGGCUACAGGCACCUCAGCACCGAGGUUCCGGGCUUUGACAACUACCUGACUUCGGGGCGGUUCCUCACACCGGUGUUCUACCAGCUCCUGGUAGACUACAAGUGUGCGAGUAACCAGAAGAGACUUACCGAAUACCUCUUCCAUGCCCUACCGACGCCUCUCAAGGCGCUAGUGCUGAGGAUGAGGUAUGCACUAUGCCACCUGACACAUUCGUGGCAACUGGUGCCAGAGAAUAUCUCUGAUAUUCUCGGUGGGUCGUUUGGACUUCUCCAGGAGUCGCGAAAGGAGAGUGGGAAGUCUGUCCACGCAGACCUCCUUCAAGCUCUCUAUGCGCUCCUUCGCAUCACGGCGGCGUACCUCGGUACUGAUGCCAAGACUGAGAAGAAGUCGCGCGUUGAGGUAGCUCUCCCGUCCUUUGAGCACGAGUGGUCAAAGCUCAUGGUUCGGCAGCAGAACUACUGCGCGCUUGCUGCAGCUACGCAGGGUCGCCAGUACUUUGUCUUUAAAGAAGACAAAGCGCGUGAACCUGCUGGCUGCCCUACGUUUGCUCAGCAGUACAAGGCAGAUCCUGAACUCCCGCAGUUCCACUCAGAGGCCUUCUGUACUCAGACGUGGGCUCCCUUCUACACCCUGGAUGAUGGCGAAGAUGACGUCGAUCUCUCCUCAUCUGAGGAAGACGAGGUGAAGAAGGCACAAGAUGCGCUUGGCGAGGAGUGUCAGCCUCUGGCUCAUCAACAGCAUGCGCCAAAGCCUGCCAAUGUGCCAGCGCAGCGAAAUGCUGUGCUGAAGGCUGCCUCCUCUCGUGGCCGCUCCCUCGCACAACGCCCUGAGCCACCUGCAAUUGCGGUGGCAACAGCUGUGCUUGAGGAAGGCGUGAAGGCCAGAUAUGGCCCUGCCGCGUCGUCACAUCAACCUGAUCUACCCUCGGGGCCGUACUUUCGACCGUCGACGCCGCUCCCUGGACACCAUGGCCGAUCACAAGCCAUCUUUGGUAUACCGCACAUGUAUGCCCAUUAUCAGGGCCUCGCGCAGCAUCCGCCUCACUUUGGAAGUGGCUCAGAGGAAGACCAGCAAGCCUAUCUCUUUGCCACUGCCAAUGGUCGCGCCCCCCAGUAUGGGCCGACGUCUAUGAAGUGUACUUUUCUUUUUUCCCCCUUUUUUCCUUCAGGACAUAAUCCUCGGUGAUGCUCUACUUCCGAAAAAUCCUCUAAGUAUGGGCCCCUGGUGGGUCACCAAGAUAAACCUGGUCCUCGUACCUCCUUACCACCUUCAACAACACCAUCGGCAGGUGCAACAUAUGGGUACCCGUACGUCGAAGACCCUCUACCUUCGAACUACGACUGUGAAGGGAUCUUGGAGCAGGAAGAGGCAGCGGUGCCUCUCUCCUCGCUCCAUCUAAACUGCAAUCUCCCGCCCCUCUUUGGCCUACCAUCAGACCUGGUAAACCCGGUUUGCUGGCGGAAGGUCAAAAGGUUUGCGCUCUCGGCAUGUGGCAAAAAUGUUCCCACUCCGAUACCACUAUCGGAGACUGCCAACAUUAACGCCCUUGCCUUGCUUCAUAGCAAACAGGCAGUUGCGCUCGUUAGGUCGAAGGAGAUGGGCGCUAAGCCGCUCGAAUUCGAGACGUACGUCGAUGCUCUGACGCUGUUAGCAGUCAACAGAGUGUCGACGACGUCAAUGGAACUCAAGCCCGACGAACUUAUCAAAGACUUGAAAAAAGUUCCAUGGGAGGGCGCCGACCUGAAAGCAGCUCUCCGUGACAUGCUUCAGGUCUUGGGCGCGGCGUCACCUUUCUGCAGUCACGGCAUCUCGCCAUCCUUCUUUGGAUUACAGUCUCAUACGAUGUCUCGCUGUGUCCGUCACUGUGAGAGCAUCCUUGGCGCUGUAGUGACUAUGACUGACAGGAUUCGCGAUUUCAACAGCGACGCUCACAAAAAGCUUGCCGCUGAAGUCAAGUCUCCGCUAGACCUCAUCCUUCUCCUUGCCUUUGUGGCAGGUGCGAUGGGAAAGGACUGGCAGCGCCUCCAUGUGCUCAAAGAAGACCUGGCCUCUACUCCAGGCCUCCUUGAGUCGCUCAAACUCCUUGAUCAGCAAUUGCUGAUCUCGUUUGCUGCUGCCUUCUUGCGCUCUGCGCCUGGAGUAGCGCAGCAACUUACGCGCGAGGACUUCAUCACAGCCUGCCUCCGUUGGCGUGAUACAGUCCCGCGCCGCGUGGUCUCAUCACCCUCAGUCGCAGUCACGUCGACCCUGACGCCUGCAGCGGUGGGUGCAGGUGCUGGUGGUGCAGCCCCUCGCAAGCAGAAGGUGAAAAAGCAGCUGCGAGAGGCUCGACCAGCGUUGAAUGUAGUUGCUAAGACCAACGACAAACAACGAGGUGCUAAGUCAGAAAAGCACCAAGCAUUUGAAACCAAAUGUCGUGCUGCUCUGAUCUCCAAGACGGAGCUGCAGGCCUCUGAUCUUGGAGGUGACGUGUGCUGCGUCCACCUUGCGCACCUGUUGCGAACGCAAGUUGAGGUACGUGAGCUACUUAUUUUUCCUUACGUAGCUACUCAGUCACUCUGUGCUCACGACUUUCGGUCUGCAUACUUAUAAAACUUAUGCAUUUUGUUAUAAGUCUCCGCGCCACCUUACCAUCUGUCUGUCCCACUAACAGGACUCUCGUGGCAAACUUGUGGUACCGAAAUGCCCGUGGAAAGAAUGCCCUCACCACCGAAGAACGGGGCAAGUGGCUCGCACCACUAAGGUCACUGGCAGCUAGACUGCUAGUGGCCGCAACUGGCAGAAGGUGUCCUCCUUCUGCCAUUAACCGGAUCCUUAAUCCGGCUGCACAAGUUCAUGCACUAGGCUUUCAGCAAAGGCACAUCAGGUACCUUUCUGUGACUCUAUCUCUAACUAAUGUGCUACUCCUUGUUUUAUUAUCUCCUGUCUCUCUCUCGACUAGACAAAAACUACAAGAAGGCUGACACGUGACCUAAUGUUCUCCUCUUGCCAGGUCGUCCGCUAUCAACGUGGAUUCGUCCCAUGUGGGGUCGGUCGAUUUCGUCUGGCAUCAUGGCAUAUCGGACGGUCACCCUCUCGUUGACACCGAGAGCAGACGUUGUUGUCGAGCGAGAUGCGCCGCACCGUUGCAAUGAGUCUACUCUGGCGAACAGGGAUAGUCAAGAAGGCCUUCCAGAUUUAUCUAGAAUGUCCUCUUUCUCCGACCUUUCACCAAUUUUGCUGUCUCCUAGGUUGCUUAGCCUUGUGUAGCAGGGUAGGAUCCACUCUAAUUAAAUCCGAUGGGACUGCAUUCAUGCGAAAUCGCAACUUGCAAGUAGUCAAAUUCAAAUGAAAUUGGCGUGGUCCCUAGAAAUUAAAAUCCUCCUGAAAUU